CAUCGCACUUUGGGUCCAGCGGCAGCACGAUCAUCGAGCGCGCGUCCCCAGCAGUCCCAAAAUCUUCAAAUCGUCUGCGCGGGAGGAGAGGCUAACCAUUCCCCGCCAAAAUCCACACCAGCCGAGCCCGCUCGGGUUCCGCCGCGGCACCCCGCAUGAUAAAAGGGUGAGAACGGGGGAGAAAUCUCCCACAUUCCAACCGCCGGAGGAGGGUCCAGCCUAGGGUUCAGGCGGCAAUCCAGCCGGAGAGAGGAGGGGGUUCCGCCGCUUCCGGUGACUUCGCUCGCGGCGGCGAUCCCGACGCCCUUGCUGGGAGCCGGCACGCCUUCCUCUGCGAGGUAUGUCGAUGCCAGAAGAGUUUGUGAUAUUUCCUGCUGAAGGGAAGAUUUCCAAUGGGCCCGAGGGGGCACUAGUGAGUCCCGAUUGCCCGUUUCUGGUCGCACGGCUACCAGAGCCACUGAACAAGUCGUUCGAGCAAGUGCGACGCUGGAUAAUGCAGCUCUUCCAGUUGAAUGACGUGACACAUGAGCUCACUCCGCAGCACAUUCUGUAUGUCAGGAACAAUCCCAUGGCUCCUCCUUCCACCGUGCUGAUUGACAUAACUGGGGACGAUUCCUGGAGGGCGUUCCUGAAUGUGGCAUGGCGCCAUGUUGGAGUUUUCAGGCUGUUUGUCAAGUGGAGUGCCAAGAAAACAACCUCUGAUGAAGAUCCUGCAGUGACAGAUGAAUCUGAUGAUGAUGGCAGCUGGCCAACUUGCAAGCAUGAUAAACCUUGCACCAUUGAAACUUCAUGGGACCGUCAAGACCCAGGGCGAAGGUUCUACCGCUGCCCUCUCUUCGCGGAUUCAAAACAGGACUGUGGCUUCACCCAAUGGCUGGACAGGAAGUUCCCUGAGAAGGCGAUUGGGCACAUGAACUACCUCACGGACAAGGUUGAUUCACUCGGGCAGCAGGUCGACAACCUGAAGUGCGAGCUUGAGGAACUUCGUCAUCGUUGCCAGAAAAGGUCGAUCGCAGAAGCUGUUGUCAGUCAUGGAGACAAGUGCCCAUGUGGAAAGAUCCCUUGCGACGCAGCUUGUUGCAAUCAGGAUGAAAAGCCGUGCCCAAGUCAGAUUCGUAGAUUGGCUAAGGCCAAUUAGCCCUCAAUAUGCCGAGUGGUUCGUGGUCCAGGCUAGUUUCAUUUUGCGAUGAAGAUGUUUUGUCCAUCAUCUGGUUCAGUCAUCAGCAACCAGCAUGACCUGCAAAUGUAAUCAGUGAUGUAGCCAUCUAGGUAGUUUUAUCUGCUAGUUUUCGUGGAACUCCCUUGUCGUUGAAUUCAGAUGAGAAUAUGAUCAUCCUAAAACUAUGGUUUGUGUAAUGUGCACUGUUUAUUAGUUGACUAAGUCAUUUUGCAUGAGCAUGUUUUUGUUGCACAACAUAUGUACAUCUAUCUGACUGU